AUGCAGUCUUCUAAUUCCUUUGAACAUGCUCGUACCGGACGUCCGAGGCCUACCAAUCUCUUGGCAGGUAGGACCUCUUCCUUCGAACUCCCACUCCCAUCUCCCUCCUUCAACGUACAGCAUGCCAUCAAUGCCACGCCAAGCCGAGACGACUACCUCAGCGUCAGUCUUGCCACCUCCUCCUCCUCUCCUUCAAAGCAGUUCCACACGGGCCUUGCUACGCUGUCUCUCUCCAGCCCUCUCGCAAAUGGCAGCCUUCCUCCCACCCCAGUCACCGCCGGUCUUCCGCUGGAGGACGCUCCUGCACCACGCUCUGCAGUGACGCUCCCCAGCAUCGACCACAUGCUCUCGGCCGCACCAGUGCGCAAGACCAUCCUCACGCCGCCUUGCAGCGGUAGGGUGCCCAUGGGACCCCGCAUCGGAUGCGACGAUGACAUCGCUCACUUUGAGGGUCCUCGACCUCAGUGGCUGCAGGAUCAGCAGCAGGCGACCUUCACCAAUGUCCGUGCCAUUUCUCCCCGGCGACAAAGCCCAUACAUCCCUGGUGCCAGCACACAGGCUUCCUCGAGCAGGCUCCGCGACGUCGUCGCCGCUGAAGAGGCGCAAGGAACAGUAGGCCUUGGCUUCGUGUCCAGCGAAGACGAUGCCCCUACUCCACGCAUUGGCAGCUUUGGGCCCAAUGCUCUGGGUCUCUACAUGGCUACUACUCCCACCCAAGCGCAGAUGUCAGCCGGUGCCUUGCGCGCCCCUGCCAUCGAGCAGCAAGAAGAGGGCACCUUCCCUAACACUGAGCCUUCCUCUCCCAUCAGCCCACCGCUGAGAGCUUGGAACACCGAUCUUACCUUUGCUGACGCUGGCUUCGCACCGUCGCCACCUCGCUUCAGCUCAGUGCCGAUGGAGAGGGAGCAACACGUCGUCAUUGAAGGCCUGAUGCCUCAGCAGAGGGGCUUGCGAGGCCUCGGCAUCUCCUUGGACGGAAGUGACUUGGAACAGGCUGAAGAGGACCGAGCCUUGUCCUCGAGCUCGAGGCUCGUUGAAGCAUCACCUCCUGCCACGCUCCCACGCAUUGCCUUGGACACGAACUUCCCUUCAACGGGUCUCACUCCAACUCUCAGCUCGGCGAGGAUCGUGGACAUCGACGACCGUGCCGGACUGCCAACUUCUUCCGCACUGGCAUCUCCGAGUCCUUCGCUACGUACCAAGAGCAAGAAGCGCUCUGAGCUCGUACAGAGGGAGGCCGAAGCCGCUGUUUCUGCUUGCGGUCAGGGAAGCAGUAGUGCGUCCUCUGCACACCGCCUCUCGCCCAGGAGCAGUGCAGUACGACUGUCCCCAAUGCCUUCUGGUCUUGUACAGGAGGAGACAGCUGCUACCUUGCCCCGCAAGCGAUCCCUGGAGGAUGUGAACGCCGAACCUCAUCCCGCCUACUCGAGCAUGUCGACACCUUCGGAGAAGAAGAAGACUUCCUCUUCGCGAACCAAGUCCUCGACCUCUCCCAGCGCCAACCCUUCCUCGCCAUGGGGUGUCUUCCGUCUGAAGGAGGAGGGCUGGAAGUCGCUGAGCCCACCUGGCGGCGGGAAAGCUCUCGGAGUCUCUGCUGUGCGUGGAAGCGCCGCCGCUCUCAAGGCCGCAAACAAGCCCACUGCCGCUGCCGCCUCCACUACCGCUUCUUUCUCCGUCGCUCCCGCUACCAAGAAGCAGAGGAAGACGGGUAGCGCCAAUGGCUCUGCACCCAUCGCCCGUACGAUGGCAGUCAAUCGCGGUCGAGAGAACAAGGAGAAUAUCCCUCCUGCGCACUCAUUCGCCCAUUCCGCAUCUCGUCGAGAAGAUCAAGGCCUCAUGGGCGGGAAAUUCAGGAGGUCCUUCAACUCUGGUACAGCGGGAUCUGCAGGUGAGACGCAGGACGUCUUUGGUAUAGGGUCAGAGCACAAGAGACCCUCUUUUCCUAGUAUGAUGGGCGCUGCACGCAGGACUUCUGUGCCUGCUUCGGCUUCGAGACCCACGAGCGCGCCUACUGGGGCUGCUCCUAGGAGGAGAUUGUAA